CUCUCUCUCUCUCUCUGUGUUUUGCCUCCCACUUCAAAACCCCAAAUUCCCACAGAUCGAUUACGCAGAGAAACCCCAAAAAUGCCGUUAAGAAUCAUACACGCCCUAACAAUGCUAUACUUUGCUACCUCAACCAUCCUUGCCCACUUCUCUUCUUCCUCUUCUUCUUCUUCUUCUUCCUCAUCAUCAUCACCAGCGAUGUCGGAAUGGAGAUCAGCACGAGCAACCUACUACGCAGCUCUGGAUCCUCGGGACACGGUGGGGGGUGCGUGUGGAUACGGCGAUCUGGUGAAGAGAGGUUAUGGCCAGGCCACAGUAGGUCUAAGCAGCGUUCUAUUCGAAAAGGGUCAGAUCUGCGGUGCCUGUUUUGAACUCAGAUGUGUUGAUGAUCUCAAGUAUUGUAUCCCUGGAACCUCCAUCAUCGUCACCGCUACUAACUUCUGUGCUCCCAACUAUGGCCUUACGGCCGAUGCCGGUGGCCGCUGCAACCCUCCGAAUCGACAUUUUGUGCUUCCAAUUGAAGCUUUUGAGAAGAUCGCCAUUUGGAAAGCAUCCAACAUGCCCGUUCAGUAUCGCAGGAUCAAAUGCAGAAAGGAAGGUGGAAUUCGUUUUACAAUUGAUGGCUCUGGUUAUUUCUACUCGGUCUUGAUCAGCAAUGUUGCGGGCACUGGAGAUGUAGUGGCUGUGAAGUUUAAGGGAUCAAACACAGGGUGGCUGCAGAUGGGCAGGAAUUGGGGCCAAAACUGGCACAUAAAUGCUGAUCUAAAGAAUCAACCCCUCUCAUUUGAGGUCACCGCAAGUGAUGGAGCAACAGUUACAUCUUACAAUGUUGCACCUAAGGACUGGAAUUUUGGGCAGACCUUUGAAGGGAAACAAUUCAAACCAUAGGAACACUUGAACA